AUGUCGCUCACCGCUAUCAUUCAUAACGCGAAGGAUGUGGUCACAAGUCUCCCAAUACUAGUCACCGCCGUCGGUCCGAUUCUCCUGGUACCAGUAGCAAUCUAUGCUUUCACGACUAUAUCCUACCACAUCUCGCUGUCCGGCCUCGAAAAUGCUCGCCAGAAGUCCAAAGUUGUGUCACCGCCCCUACUGCCGUACAGCUUGCCACUGCUCGGCAAUGCCUUCGCCUUCCUGUCAAAGACGCCGGGCAAGUUCUGGCGCUCGCUGGCAGGCAUCCUGUCGAAACAUCCGGCCAUGUCAAUCUUGACCGUCUAUAUGGGAGGACGGAAGCUUCAUGUCCUGCACAGUCCUACGGCUGUGACAUCGCUCUUCAAGGCACGCAACGUCUCGAGGAGUGGCUUCAACAGGGACAUUAUCGUCAAAGCCAUGAUGCUUAACAAACAAGACGAUAAGGCCAUAUACGGCCAGGGCUCAAGCAAUGUAGAGCUGUUCGAGCACAAGCAAUAUGAGAUCUAUAACAAGUACCUGCUGGCUACCAAUGCUGUUACGCAGCUGACUCACAAAUUCAACGAGGUCUUGCAGCGAGAGCUCGCAGCGUAUUGCGAUAAGAUCAACGUUCCGUUACAAAGCAAUAAGGACGACGAGUGGCACAGCAUUCCUAUGGUGUCCUUCCUCAAGGAACACAUGUUCACUGCUAGCACAUUGGCAUUGUACGGGAGCAAAAUCUUCGACUUCGUGCCGAACCUGGCCGACAAGUACUGGCACUUCGAUACGGGGCUCCUUGCUCGUCUAUACGGUCUUCCUCGCUAUUUCUACCCAGACGCGUACGCCGGCAUUGAAGAAUACCAUGCAGGAAUAAUGAAAUGGAUCGAGGCCGGCAAUGCGCACCACGAUGGCCUCCCACCACUAGACAUGGAAUGGGAAGAAUGGGCCGGCUCCGCAGUCGUUCGCGCCCGCCGUCAUAUGUACACCGAGAUGGGCAUCAGCGUGGCUGGGAUGGCAUCGUUUGAUAUGGGAUUCAUGUUCGGCCUCUCCUCUAACGCCAUUCCCUGCACGAACUGGCUGCUGUGCCACCUCCUCUCGCCCUCCAACUCCACCCUUCUGGCCAAAGUCCAAACAGAAGUCGACGCCGCGCGCCUCCCGGGCGGUAAGAUCGACAUGCCGACACUCCUUGCGGCACCCUACCUGACCUCCGCCUUCAACGAAACCCUCCGCCACUACGUCGAUGUCCUCGUCACACGCGAGCUCAACACUGACAUGGUCAUCGAGAACCACUUCCUCCCUGCAGGCGAUGUGAUCAUGGCGCCUAUCUUCCUAGCUCACCACGACGGGCAGGAGUGGAACACGCAACCUUCACCCUACGGGGAUAAGCGCGGCGUCAUGCCGCCCGAGAACGUUUGGUAUGGCGAGCGAUUUCUAAAGAUUGAUGAGAAGACGGGUAAGGCGGCCUUGAGCACGAGGGAGGCGGCUGGGAAGUUUAUACCCUGGGGAGGUGGCGCGCAGAUCUGUCCUGGGAGGGUGUUUGCGAAGCAGGAGGUUUUGGCUGCGGUGGCGACGUUUCUUGGAAGGUUUGAGGUGAGGUUCGAGGAGUUUUUGGAGAGUACGGGGAAGGAUGGAAAGAUGGGGAAGGGGCUGGGCAGGGACGAGAAGAGUGGGUUUCCGGUGGUGAAGAAGCAGUAUAGUGGGAAUGGGGUUGUGGCUAUUGAAGGAGAUCUGAGGAUCGGAGUGAGGAUGAGGGCUGGUGAUGAUGAAUGGGCCGAAAGCGCUUAG